UGUACACAACCGUAUCGUCGUCGAUGGAAAAUUAUUUACACCAAGCUUUGACACCGUUUGAUCAGAAACUUGAAGUUAUAUUUCCAAACCCACUUUUAAUCUGAUUAAUAUUACACCUUGUUGCUGGUGAUGUGACCAUGGAGAAAAGAAACAUGUAUGUCUAUGGUGUAACCUGCGCAAGUGCAAGGUAGACAUUAUUUUUAUUUUGAGCAUGAAGAAUUGACCCCCGUAUUUUAAUGGAGCAGUCUAAAUCACUUGUUCAAGGCGCUGGGUUGUAGCUUUGAUUUGGUCCCUGUAGUCGCCUUCGGCUGCCUCGCUGGCCUUGGCGACGCGUUCGUGUACAUUCGUGAUUGCUCCUUGCAGAAGCGCUUUGGCGAGUUGUUACUCAAUUUUUCCGUUUCGAGACGUAUCUUCUCUUUGAAAUAAGAUGUCGAAGGAGGAAGAAGAGUUUCUGCGACUCGCCAGAUCAGGAAACCCCGACAGCCUCGAAGCUUUUCUCGGAAACAGGGGUCAGAAAAUUGACCCCAACUGCAGUUCCAAAGACGGUGCUACUCCGCUUAUUCAGUGCGUACAGGGAUCGGGACGCGCCGCAGCGCCAAUCCCCACCGGUGCGCGGCAUCCGCAUCGCCGCAUGGACCAUCUCAGCUGCUGUCGCCUGUUGCUACGGUAUCGUGCUAAUCCGGACUCCAGGGAUAAUCUGGGCAGGACGGCUUUACACUGGGCAGUUUUCUACAAGAAGGUGGACUUUGUGGAGGCACUGAUUGAUCACAAAGCUGAUCCUGCUUUGAGAGACGAUAAAGGCCAGAAUGUUCUACACUUCGCCGUGCGAGUCAAUGCAGACACCUGUCUACAGUUACUUUGUACAAGAGUUUCCCCAGAGGUGUUGGAGCAACGAGACAUGGAAGGCACACCACUGCUUGUGUAUGCUGCUCAGCUGGGCCAUGCACACGCCGUCAAGAUCCUGCUGGGCUACGGUGCCAAAGCAGACGCCAGUAACCGCAACAAACAGACAGCUGCUCACAUCGCUGCUUGGGGAGAACGGACUGAUAUACUAAGACUUCUUUUCCGACACGGAGCCAAGCCUUACACUGCAGAUGUGAACAACAUCACUGUGAUUUCUGCCGGGAGUGCUGGCCGUAAUCCAGAGAUCCUCAGGUUGAUCUUAGAGAAGGGCCAGGUUGAACCGGAGUACCUGGACAUUGCUGAUGUUGACGGCUCCACACCAUUGAUGAUUGCUUGCAGGAAAGGGAGCACUCAGGUUGUGGAAAUGCUGAUCGACUGUGGGGCCAGCCUGGAUGUGACUGACAAGUCCGGCAAGACGGCUGUGCACCAUGCCAUUGAGCACCGGCACAAUGACUGCGUGAGGACACUCAUAGAAACGGACCCUUCCCUCGCUGCCCUCACUGACACCGAGGGAAGGAAUGCCUUGCAUCUGGCGACCAUAGAGGGUGACAUGGAGCUCAUUCAAUUGGUGUUGCCUCACGUGGAUGUGAAUGCACUGGAUAAAGAGAAGCAUUCUGCUCUACAUUGGGCCACAGUGUGCGGUCUAUACAAUGUCAUUGCGCUGCUCAUCGAGAGCGGCUGCAACCCGGCCACGCCAGACGCCCACGGUGCCUAUCCCAUCCACUACGCCACCCAGAUGUGCAGCGGUGAUCCAUCCACGGCUGCCACAGGGCUACGCUGUCUCCAGGCCCUGCUCCGCAAGGGAGGCAGCUCGGUGAACUGCACCGAUACCGGCGGCAAGACACCACUCUUGUGGGCGGCUAGCUCGGGCAACGUCCGUGCCUGCAGGCUGUUGGUGGAUCUCAGGGCAGACAAGACCAUGGCAGACGACAACGGCUUAACUGCGCUCCACUGCGCAACUUGUCGCAACCACCCAAUCUGCCUGGAAUCCCUCCUGAGGGACUGCAGGUGUGAUCCUAACCCAGUCGACAAGCAGGGCUGCACGCCACUGUUCUAUGCCAUCACGAUGGAGCACGUCGAGUGUGCCAGGACACUGCUGAAAUAUGGAGCUUCGCCAAACUGGCAAGAUCAGUGCGGGAAAAGCCCUGCAUUCUGUGCUGCAGCCAGAGGCUCUCUGCCCUUGCUGAAGCUUCUCCAUGAUUACAGGGCUUCACUAAGUCUCCGCACCACGUCCAAAGACACUCCGCUCACCCACUCAGCUGAUGCUGGGCACAUAGAGAGCAUGUCCUUUCUGUUGGAGCAUGGCUGCAGUGUAGAAACAAGGGAUGGAGCCAGACGUACAUCAUUACACCUUGCCGCCUUAAAAAACAAUUUGCUGCUGUGCAAACUUCUGGUCCAUCACAAGGCAAACACCAAUGCAGUUUUUAAAGAAAAGCAGAAACCAAUCACACCCUUGGACUGUGCAGAGGAAAAAUCCAGCACGGAGUGCAUGGAUUACCUCCUCUCCCUGGGGGCCAAGCAUGGUGCUGACAUCCCAGAGGAGUUAUGGCAAAUGGAAGAGGAAGAAGCCGGGGACCAAGACCCGAGGAGGGAUGACAGAGAUGAGAGUCGCAAGGAGAUGGAUAAAAAGCCAGAUGGAACGGAUGACGAAAGAGGAUGGGGCACCUCAGCAGGAGAGAAACAGGGAGGGAAGCAACCCAAGUCCCAAGAACAAAACUCAGAGGCAAUACACACAUCAGAACAGUCUACGCAUGACCCCACCGAAGGCCAACAACCCUCCCAGGAGUCUACAUCGGAUGUCGACAUCAUGACUGACAGUGCCUUGCUUAAUCCCAUCACUGACAACACGGACAAGGAGGCACUGGAGAGACUAUCUCGCAAUAGUGACGGCAGAGUGGACACUGAAGAACUUAAGAAGAAACUGUUUAACUGGAAUGCUUACUUACAAGACAAUGUGGAAUUUUUGGACGUAGUCAUCAACUCCAAAGCCCCUGAGCUGUCCGAGGCCAGAAGGCAGGCCAGAAAUCAGAAGAAGGAACUUGUCAGUCGUCUGGAAGAGCUCAAGGCAGAGUUUGAGAGGAGCAGUCGACUCCUGGUCAAAGACGUGGAGAGAAAGGAAGAGAAUAGGAAAGAGAGAUCCCUGACUGAUGGGUCCAUGAUCAGGAGUUUGCAUGACAUUGAGGAAAGGUUUCAGAGAGCCAACGCGUCCGCUGCCGCCAGCCUUGAUGAGUUCCUCCAGUCUCAGUCUAAGUCACCAAGGAGACAAGACAGCUGGGAUCAGCAUGGCGACAAGAGUUAUGAGGAAGUGCCAUCAGAAGAUGGUACUGGGAAAGAGAGGUAUGAUUCCAGGAAGCUGAGGCACCAGGCAUGGCUGCACAAAAAGAACCAAGACUACAUCAAUAAGAAGAAAUCUCUUCAAGCUGCUACCGUCAUCACAUUGGCACCAAGCUACACCACCGGCAGCAAUCACGACAGAGGUGGGACUGUUGUGAUUCCAACAAGACGCAGCCACUCUAUCCCAGAUCAUCGCACCGUCAAGUCGCCGUACAAUGCCAAAGUCAUUCUGCCCCUCAGAUUGCAGGAGCCCAGGCGACGGCGAAGCAACGAGAGCCAGCUGAGCGGGCACGAACAAGCUGAGAUCCGGCGCAGGAUGGGAGAGCUGAACAAUGCCCUGCUGUAUCCCAGGGCGAGUCAGAUGCGUCCGAGACAGAGCGAAGAUGCCUACAAUGCAAAAGAAUCCAGCAGUCCAAGGUGGGACGGGGGUGAGAGACCUCGAUGUCCUCUACGCUUUAUGGAACCAGCAGAGUUCAAAAAACAGGUUCUCAGCCAGAAGUGAUUAGGAGCAUCAGCCAGAUCAUCUGCUAGAAAGCCACAGGCCAUAUUUUUGUAAAGAGCACAGAGUAAAGCAUCAUUACUUCCUCGGUUAGGGGGACAAAAUUGGAGGCAUAUAAGUGGAUUCGGGUGACACCUGCCAAUAGGGAGGACACAUAACUGACGCCUAGUUUUACAUGUCUCCCUCAUGGAGUUUUUAAAUAAAAGGCAAAAUGAGUGACACAAAAUGGCAACACUACUGCUGUCCUAUUCCAGCAAGUGAUUGCACUAUCACUUCAUAGAAAUCAAUAUUGUUAUCUUUACUGGUAUGAUCCCUACACUAUUUGUUUAGUUUUGGGCAACAACAUUGAUGCUGUUUUGGGCUGGGCAACAGGCUUGAUUAGGGUGACACGUAACUCUUAACCUUUUCAAAAUGUUGCCUCAUUGGAACUUUAGUAUGAGGAAACAAGGCAUGCUUUAAUGGGAUGACAUAACUGUCACACUAUUCUGCUGUUCCGUAGCAGUGUUGCAAUAUUGCGGAAUCCAGAGAAAAUAUUGAACAAACGGAGGGGAGUGCAAAACCAUUUUUGUCUUUCAAACCCACUGAGCUGUGUACCUACUUCAUCUUUGGGAGAAACUAUGUGAUCCGCAAAUCCACACGGCCCUAUCUGUAGAUGUCUUUUUAUAUCUCCUUGUGAGAAGUCACCAGUAAUGCACAAGAAGCCUAAAGAGGGAACUUUUUUCAUUGCAGACCCCAGAUUAAUGUUUGGAACCUUUCAAAUUCUGCCAAGAAAAUAGCUCUUGAGUUUCAGAUGAAUUUAAAAAACCCUUUAAAACCAAUAGGCCACUCUCAUGUUGCCUAUAACUUGUGUAGGCGGCCAGAGUUUGCAGAAAUAUUACCUUUUGGUUGGAUUUCGAUUUUACCUCCAUUCGCUCAAAAUGGUAAUUUUCCCAUGCACAUCUAUUUUCUGGUGUUCCAAGAGCCGAGCGGGAUUUAUAACACUUCGUGAAUUAUUCUUCUGUACUGACGGCCAACCAUAGUUCCAGCAACCACUUGUAGGAAAAGCACGGCCGUGACAUCAAACGUGCAGAUCCUAUUGCUUGAUUCUGUUAGAUGAUUUUGGAAGUUUCUGGGGAUUCUCCCAGUACAUUUGGAAAAUCUCUGUUCAACACUUUUAAAACAAAGUCCGGAAGAACUUUCUUCACAUUGUGCUGCUUUUAUUUUUCAUAUCACUCGCCGCAAACAUAAAAAGAAAUGUGGAAAGUUAUUUAAAUAUGUACAUUAACUCAUACAGCUCUCUGUACUAACAUAUUUUUUCUUGAAGUAAAAAAAAAUGUAAUUUAUUAAACUUUACAAUAGUUCAAUUCAGCAAGACAGGGAUGAAAUUAAUUGCUUUAUACACUUAUUUGAUACACAUUCCUCUAUUAAAUUAUUCAUCAUUGGAAUUAACUAAUCCCUUAGAUAUAAAUAAGUCAUAUUUACAAACGUGCAAAAACAAGCUGCCAUGUAACAUUCGUGAGCAUUCUACAAACAAUCCAGGUUCUUGCAUCCAGCAUGGAUAAAGUCCUACAGUUAGUA